UGGGGGUCAGGACAGUCUGCACGAGUAGUGCCUGCUCUGACCAGCUGGUUGGCGGUGGUCCAGCGGCGCGCCAUCGUGCAUGCUGCGCAGAAUCAAGACGCGCGUACGCAGAUCCGAACAUGCAAUGCUCGAGGCAGACGCGCACCUGUCGUCCAGAACACACAGGAACACAGCGCCGGUCAGACACACGCUGGUCAGCAUGGCCGGUGUGCGCCGGUUGGUCUGAUGUCAACUCGUGUCUUGGCGCUCCAUUCCGAAGCAACGCGCGCGCCGGCAGAAAAAGUUCACGUCGCACAAGGCUUGCUCCUCCCGCUGUGACUGGGUCGCAACCUUUCCAACACUCGACCGUUGCGUUUCUUUCCCUCUGCCUGUCCGCUCGAAAACUGCACACCCAAACCCCCCUUCCCCUCACCUAAACCCUUUUCAUUGCCGUUUUCCCGCUGCGUUUAAUCCCCCUCCGUCCGCCCUCAUUCGUCGUCAAGGAUGAUCAACACUGAAUCGCAUUCCUCUCAGCGCGAUCGUUCCCGCUCUCCUCGACGACGCUCACGAAGCCCACGUCAUCGACGCUCCUACUCACCUCGCAGCCGCUCGCGAAGCCGAGACGGCUAUCGGCGCAGCGACCGUCGCUCCAGAUCACCGGGCCAGGGAGCCAACUCUUCGGCGCAACAAGGCAACUACAACACGUACGGCAGUGGUGGCCGUGGAUCCCAGUCGCGCGGCUACGAAGACAGAAGCGCGGCCCCCAAGCAAGACAUGGCGAGUGCACGCGAGAAUUCGCAGCAGGACCGCCGCGUCUACGUCGGCAAUUUGUCAUACGAUGUCAAAUGGCAUCAUCUGAAAGACUUCAUGCGUCAAGCGGGCGAGGUGCUCUACGCUGACGUGUUACUACUUCCGAAUGGAAUGAGCAAGGGUUGCGGAAUCGUGGAGUAUCAAACGCGAGAACAAGCGCAGAAUGCCGUCAACACUCUCAGCAAUCAGAACCUGAUGGGUCGCCUCGUCUAUGUUCGUGAAGAUCGCGAGGCUGAACCUCGCUUCAAUCAACCUAGCGGUAUGCAACGCGGUGGUUAUGGAGGCGGCUACGGUGCGCGCGGUGGCUACGGUGGUGGUGGUUUCGGUGGUCCCCCGGCUGGUGGUGUUGCAGGCAACCAGCUCUACGUGUCUAAUCUGCCGUAUACAGUUGGCUGGCAGGAUUUGAAGGACUUGUUCCGUCAGGCCACCCAAGUAGGCAAUAUCGUUCGUGCCGACGUUCAUAUGGGUCCAGAUGGUCGACCAAAGGGCUCCGGUAUCGUCGUCUUCGACAAUGAACAGGACGCCCGCAAUGCUAUCCAGCAGUUCCAUGGCUACGAAUGGCAAGGUCGCGCUCUCGAGGUCCGUGAGGAUCGUUACGCCGGCGCUGCUCAAGGAGGUUUUGGUGGCCGUGGUGGCUUCGGCGGCGGCUUCGGCGGCCGUGGAGGUUUCGGCGGCAGGGGUGGCUUUGGAGGCGGCCGUGGAGGUUUCGGAGGAUACAACCGUGGAGGAUACGGUGGUGGCUUCCAGCAAGGUGGUGGCUUUGGAGGCGAAGCGCAAGCGAAUGUACCUCCAAAUCCAUUCACGGACAACGCAACCUUUGGCGGCGACCCGAGUCCAAUCAUCCAUGUUCGCAAUCUCCCGUGGUCCACGAGUAACGAGGAUCUCGUUGACCUCUUCACCACAAUUGGUCCUGUGAAGAAGGCAGAGAUUCAAUACGAGCCCAACGGCCGCUCAAAGGGCUCUGGUGUCGUUGAGUUUGAUGCUACUGAGUCUGCCGAGACUGCCAUUUCCAAGUUCACUGGGUACCAAUAUGGUGGUCGUCCCUUGCAGCUGUCCUUUGUCCGCUACCUGAAUCCGCCAAAUGGCGCUGGCGAGGCUAUGGACACUGCAGGUGGUCAAGAGGCCAUGUAAGAUGAUCUGCUAGACAGUCUGCUGAUCUCCCGCAACGUCUAGGCACCAUUUAUGCGUUUGUCAAUCAUGACCUGAACCGCAGCUUUGGCCUAGACGACAUGUCUCCCAAACCUCUUAACCCUUGUCAUAAGGGCAAACAGCUCCCGCGUCAUUCUCCGCCACAUCGGCAGAACAUCAAUGGCAGCUAUAAAGGUUUUUGGGAACUUUUUGAACGGGCAAUGCGGGAAGACGAGGUUGCAUUCUUCCUCAGCGUGCCGCCGUACAUGAUUUCACCGGGAGGGGCGAUUCGCAGAUUUAUCGAGCAAUUCAACAAUGAUCUCAGCUGGGUGGUCGAAAUCCAUCCAAACAGUCCAUCGUUACGCCCUCCUGACUGAUAUCGAUUCGCUGGCGUCCGAUUUUCAUUAUUGUUUUCAUUCCACUUGUCACCAUCACCAAAAGCGAUUACGGGUUUAUUCGAUUCAUUUCGGAUAGGGAGGCAUGUAUUUGCUACGGAACAAAGGCACAAAAAAAAAUCAACAUCGAUUCAAAAAAAAAAAUGAAGGUGAAACAAAUGUAAAGCUGGGGAAGUAAGGCAGGGGUAGGAAGUUGAUAGCUAGGACAACGGGUCGUCUUUCUUUCUUUUCAUUGAAGGCAAGUUCGGUAUUGUGGAACUUCUGUUGUGAUGGCCCUGUGGUAUUGAAUCGGGUUUAAUCGUGAACGUUAAUUGGGAUGCAAUGCACCCCACACGUGCUGGCCGGCCGGGUAAGGCGUGAAGUUUGUGCAUCUGUAUAAGUGAGGUUAUGGCCCUCGAUGAGCAGAUGUAUUGCAUCGAGCUAUAUUCUUUCCCAAAUCUUCAGCGAGCUAGGACCGGAACUGCCUCUUCUAUGGCUAUUUUUCCAAGCGGCAAAUAUGGUGGAGUCGUUUUCCAGAGUCUGAAAGCAUUCACUUGAUUUUGAGGGCUAUGAUCAAUCACAUGGUUGAUCAAAAAACAUGAUGACAUUUUUUUCGAGGAUUUGGGAGCAGCGCCUUAUUAGGCCACAUGCAACUUUGUUGAAUGGAUAACGAAGUGUUUCUUGUAUCAUCUACAAGAAAAGAACAGGCGAACGGCCGUAUGUAUUACUAUUCGACGAACAUCUAAAGCUUUUUUAUUGA